AUGUCUCCGGCAAUGGCGGCUGAGAUGGAGAAUACCAUUGUAUCAGAAACUCAAGUGUACCAAAAGGGUGUCAAGAAUUUGGCUGACAAGGGAUUGAAUAAGCUCCCUCUCAAAUAUGUUCUCCCCAAUUCCGACCGCCCUGCCGAUUGCAUAUCCGACAACCCUAAUGUGAUCGGCGCCGUCGAGCUUCCUGUCAUCGACUUCGUCCAACUCUGUGGCCCUAACCGCCGACACGUCCUCCGUUCCCUCUCUAAAUCCUGUGAAGAUUAUGGCUUCUUUCAGUUGAUAAACCAUGGAAUUUCAAGCGAAGUGAUAUCAAGCAUGAGAGAAGUUUGCUCAAAAUUCUUCGAGCUUCCAUAUGAGGAAAGAGCCAAAUACAUGUCAUCCGACAUGCAUGCGACCGUACGUUAUGGUACAAGCUUCAACCAAACCAAAGACACUGUUUUCUACUGGAGGGACUUCUUGAAGCUGACUUGCAACCCUAAUCUACACCAACUUCUCUCCAAUUGGCCGUCUUCUCCGGCCGCCUUCAAAGACUCGGCAUCGACCUACGCCGAGCACACCCGACGCCUGUUUCUGAUUCUAGUCGAAGCAAUUCUCGAAAGCUUGGGAGCUAUGGAGAAAGAAGAAGAGGAAUUAUUGAAGGAAUUUGAAGAAGGAAGUCAACUAAUGGUUGUUAAUUGUUAUCCACAAUGUCCUGAGCCAGAGCUAACUCUAGGAAUGCCACCACACUCUGAUUAUGGCUUCCUCACACUUCUCCUUCAAGAUCAAGUUGAAGGGCUUCAAAUUCAUCACCAACAAAAAUGGGUCAAUGUUAAACCGAUGCCUAAUUGCUUUGUUGUCAACAUUGGCGAUCAUCUCGAGAUCUUUAGUAAUGGAAGGUACAAGAGCGUUCUACAUAGAGUCGUGGUGAAUGCAAACGAGCCGAGAAUUUCAGUGGCUUCGUUACAUAGCCUUCCUUUUCGGUCAACGACGAAGCCGUGGCCAAAGCUUGUGAAUGAAGAGAAUCCAAAGCGUUACAAAGACACUGAUUUUGGCACCUUCCUUGGAUACAUUACAUCUCGUGAGCCUAAGAGGAAGAACUUCUUAGAGUCUAGGAAAAUUAUUUAUUGACAUAUUGGUACAAUAAUAGGAGAGAUCCAAAGAGGGUGUUCAUAUUUUGUCAAGGGCUAAGAUGGGAAUAGGGAAUUAAAUAUGUUUUUUUUUUGGGUCUCAAGGGUAAAGUUGGAAAAGAGAAAAAACCAAGCAAACCCUAGUUUAUGAUUCCACUUACUCAUCUUAGAUUAUGUAUAUGGAAAAUUGUUGUGU